CCGUUUGAAGCAAAAUUGCUUGAACAUGUGUUCGAUCUGUCAAAUUGAUAGUGAUAGCAGAGCCAUAGCUAACUUUGAUGAAAACACACGAAGAUGUCCAAAAUAUUCAGUUGGUCAAGUUUAAAAAUAAUCAGAUUAUUGAAAUUUUACAUGCACACAACAUAAUUACUUUUGACAAUGAAUUCAACAUCAUUAUUUGUUAAUAAGUUGAAACAGGAUUUUAACAUAAAUGUUAACUUGUCUGAUGUUAUUUUUACAAAAACAAAUAUAGAUUUAUAUAAUAAUAAUGAAAAUCGAUCGACUUCGUUUGGAGAAAAGCUAUGUUUACUAUAUAUAGCAGACUGUACAGUUUUCAACAUGCAAUUCUCUAUGAAAAUACUUACUUUCAAUUAUGAUAAAUCAAAUGAAGUUUUAAAAUUAGAUAUAAACAUCCACGAUAAGUGGAUAGAGAAGGAAUUGGCUAGCUGUCGUAACUUCUUACAGCGUAACAGGAAUCUCAACCUAACAUUCUCCAUUUUAACAGAAUUUGCAAAAUAUAUUGAAGCCAGACGUCUCAUCUGUGAUGUUGUAUUUAUGAAGGAACCCAGAGUCACAUUAACAAAAGAUGAACAGGGUGGCUUGAAAAUCAAGUGUCUUGAUAUGUUUUCAAAAAUUUAUUUUGCAACAUAUUGGAGGAUAGAAUGGAAUUUGAAAGACUAUUCUAUUAAAGACUUUAUAGAAUUUUACUAUACAAAUUUUGAUAACCCCUCCACCAUAAAAACAAUUAUGGAAAAUAUAAUCCAACCAUCACAGGAAUUCCAAACGAAGCUCAAAUUGUGGAAAUCUUUCAUGGACGCGGUUCGAGCUAGCACCAAGGACGGAAUCGCGGUAGUACGUCCGGAUACAAUACACAAACGUAGUAACGACACGGACGUGCUUGUAAUCUCCGACACAGAGGAUGAUUUUGUAAGUUCGACCUCUGGCGCUAACAAGAGACGUAAACUGAACGACAGUGUGUGUUGCAGUACUUCCGUCAUUUACACAAUACCUGACUGAAUAGUUGUUGUUCCGUCUAAUUCUAUUUUUAUGACGAUAAAGUAGCGCAAUUUAAUACUUGUAUGUUUCCUCUAAUGAUUUUGUGUGAUGUGUAAAUUGAUGAGAAUUGAAAUUGUUAUUUUUGUUUGUUAGAAUGUUGAAUAUUGUGUGUUUAUUUUUUGAGUUUGAGGAACAAAAUGAAUGAAAAUAAUUGUGCUCAGUUUUAUAUAGAAAGUUACAACUAUGUAUAAUUAAAUAUCAGUGAGGAACGAAUAUCAAGUUAGUUGAUAAAUGAAGGCAGAUAAUCUAAUCAUGUUCUUAGUAGUAUUACAUUCUUUAUUUUUAUACAAUAGUAUUAUUCGCAUAAUUUUGGCAGCUAUUUGUAAACUGGCCACGACCCCCUUUACGAAACAUUGUUAAUAUAUUUAAAGUUUAAACACGAAAUUCGAGGUCAACUGUGAAGUUCCUACGUCUACUAGGGUUAUUUAGAGUAAACGUGUUAGUGAUCUAUUUAAAAAUAGUAAAUAAUCGACUAUCUAGGGGAGAGUAUUUAAACUGUACAGCAAGGACCAAAUUUAUCAUUUUUUAAGUUAAAUACAAAUACUAUGAAUUUAAACCUCAAAAUUCAUUCAUUUACAGGACUAUUUCGACAAAUAAAUUAAAAAAAUAAAACUUAAUAUUUGUUCCCACUAUGUUUAUAUUUGUGAAUACAUACAAUAAAUGUAAAAUUGUAAAUAUGUUUUCAACUGUUGUCCAUCUUAAAUAUUAUAUUUCUCUUCCUAAUUACUCUACUACUCAAAUUAAAAGGCUUCAGAAAUUUCUUUUUUAUUUUAAUACAACUUUCAAAUUGUGUUAAUAAACUAUUAGUAUGUUACAGACUGGGCAAAUAGAAUCAGAAACUAAUAUGCAGAAUUAACUGUUUGUUCAUAAAUACAAUAAUAGAUAUGUUCGAAAACGAAUGGAAACCAUCUCAAAUCGUCAGUCACAGGCGUACUUCGCUUUCGUACAAAACACUUUGCAGGAUAAUUUUGUAGUUAUGUUUUUAUAUAUAGUAUUUUAAUAGAUUUAGAAUAUGUUUUCAAAAAAAACGAAAUUGCUUUUAUUUUGAGUAGUAUAUAUUUACUAUGGUUCAGAUUUUAAGCAUUUACUUCAUUUUUUUUUUUUUAAUUUUGUUUAAUGUGAUAUUUGGUUGAUUUAAUUUUAUGCGUAUUUUAUCAAUAAAUAUAUUUAUUGCUUCCUUAUGUUUUUUUAUUAUUUUUUUUUUCAAAUAAUAAUUAUAAUUAUACUGAAUAAUUGUUAUUUUUGUUAUUUGCAAUGACUACUGUUGAAUAUUGUGUUUUCUUUCUGUUAAACUAAACUAACUAACUAACUAUCAGUAAGGAACAAAUAUCAAGUUAGACGAUUGGUGAAAGCAGAGAAUGUAAUCAAGUUCUUAAUAAUAGAUUCUUAGUUUUUAUACCACAGUAUGAUACGUAUAACUUUCGCAGUUAAGGUCUUUUUAAAUUGGCCACAACCUUGUUUACGAAACAUUUAUUUAUGUAAAAUUUAAGCUGCAAAUUGAUUGUGAACUUUAUAAACCGUUCAUUAAAAAAGAAGUAUAUAUGACCAUCGAUGUUAGGAAUAAAAACACUGACUAGAUCAUAACAAUAUUUAUUGAAGUAUUAUUUUGUCGCCAUAAAUUGGUUUUUCAGUUCAUAGAAAGGGUUAUAUAUGUUGUUAGUGAUCUAAUUAAAAUGUGGUAAUUAAAUAAUUAUCUG